AAUUUCAAAGUCAAGUCAAUUCAAGGCAGCGGUUUUGAUCUCAGCACUGCGAUGCACGGCUGGCGAGGUUGCAGAGCCCAUCCCCGCUAUCAAGACCCAACGGGGUUGUGCCUCUGAGACAAGCAAACGAGCAGCAGCAUUAGCCCGCCGCCGACAUGUCGGACCCAGACCUCUUGCAUGAGAUAAUCGGCCUCGCGUCGGCGGGUCUAGUGUCGCUGUUGACGGUCCCUGCACUGAGUGACGCCUGGCGGACACGCGCUCGUUUCGGUCUCGGACGCGGAGGUUACGUGCAAGUGGGUGGUGGAGAGACGGACCAAGACGGCUACGGAGACCUGGACGGCAUCGCCACCGAGGACUCGAUCCGGGCCUUCACAGAUACACGGCCCAGAAUUGCCGUCUGGCUCGGCAGUGCUGUCGGUCUGGGUGCAUCCAUUGCCGGAAGAGUGGUCGCGCUAAAUGGCCGGGGACGCAACCAUGUCCUCCUCUCCGAGGUGUCUUCCUGGGCUGAGCUGCUGUGCUGGGCGUUGCUCUGCUUGCAAUGUUCUUGCCUCCCUGUGAAGCACCGGUACCGAGCGAGGUUUCGGCUGACCGUCUUUGGCCUGCUGUCGUCGACGUUGAUAGCAACAUCGGUGGCUGUUCGCCAUGGCUACGAAGCACUUGCGUCGCUCUUCAGCCGGCAGGAGGAUACCGUGGCGUUGGUCUUGGGACUGCUCGACCUGCUCCAGCUCGUCUCCGCUGUAGCUACGGCAUUGGCCUUUGCAGCCUUCUCUCGCCGUCCGGAUGUCUACGACAAAAACGGCCUUGUGGACCAGCAGCACACGGUAUCCCUCCUAUCGCGCUUCUCAUUCACGUGGAACCGGUCCAUCUUUGAUGUCGCUAAAGAGCGGCAGAUGGAGGUGCAAGACAUUCCCAGCCUCGACUACGCCACACGAUCCAAAACCCUCGAGUCCAAAUUCCUCAGCAAGUCCCUCAAGGGACCCUUCUGGAAGCAGCUUAUCCAAGCAUACGCUGCUGAGCUCGCUCUGCAGUGGACCUUGACCCUGGUCAUUGCCUUUCUGUCUCUCUUUCCGCAGGUUGUUCUGUACAGUUUCUUGUCCAGGAUUGAGCGCAGCCAGGGGCACGCAUCGACGGACCCUGCCGUAUUCGUCUGGGUGCUUGGUUUGCUGCUGAGCCAGGUCCUCCAAGUUGGGGUCAAUAACUGGCUCAAGUGGAUCACCACCAGCCGGCUUGAGAUUCCCGUGGGCUCCCUGCUGCAGUCCCUGGUCUUUUCGAAGGCUCUCAAACAGUACGAGACGGCACCCCCUGGCCAGAACGUGGAUAAGAUCAGCAAAUGGAGCAGCCAGGGCGAUUCCAAGGAUGCCAGUGCUAAGACCGGGAAACAGGCUGCCAAAAAGGGGGAGGGUAAGGAAUCCGAAACCCGGCAGUCAGUGAUCAACCACAUGAAGCUUGACAGUACCCGCGUGACAAUCUUUUGCACGUACAACAACAACUUUCCGAUGGCCAUUUUCAAGCUCAUACUCGCGGGUGGCUUUGCCGUCAGCUUGAUGGGCUGGCUGCCGGUACUGUGCGGCCUGGGUGCUGGGUCUCUCAUGGCUCCUAUCAGCUCGCUUCUAUCACGAAGGUACACCCGGCUGCACUUCGGCCUCAUGAAAUACCGGGAUGGAAAAGCCCAUCUCUUGACCGAGGCUCUGCAGGGUAUACGCCAGAUCAGAUACUCGGCUCUUGAGCAGCAUUGGGAGAGCAAGAUCCUGGCCUCCCGCAAUGAGGAGCUCAGACAGUAUUGGAAAGUAGGGCUAUGGCAAUGUCUCGUGGUGUUCAUCGUCAAUCUCGGCCCGCUGCUGCUUGCAAGCGUUACCUUCUUCAUCUACGUCUGGCAGAAUGGAUCGCACAUCCGAGCUUCCAUCAUUUUCACGGCGCUUGGUCUAUUUGAUCAGCUCGACGAAGCGGUGGCCCUCCUACCCCUUCUGCAAAUGUACCUGCUUGAGGCAUGGACCAGCGCCGUGAGACUGGAGAAAUACUUCAACCAGGCAGACAAGGAGCCCGUGUCGGAACCGGGAGAUUGCAUCGCCUUUGACAACGCCACGGUGGCUUGGCCUAAGAUUGAGGACACCGAGACCCGAGAGCAAGGACAGGAGGAGCAGCGGGAAGCGCGUUCGAUGCUCAGAGACGCAACUCUCGUUUUCCCCACCGCCAAGCUCAGUGUUAUCACGGGGAAGACAGGGUCAGGCAAGAGUCUCCUGCUCGCAGCCCUCUUGGGCGAGGUCAAGCUGUUGUCGGGCGCCAUCCGCAUGCCACCUGUGCCCCAGUUCAACGAGGGCGCCGAGUAUAUUCCAGAGUCGGAGUGGAUCAUCCCGCAGCUGACCUCCUUUGUCUCGCAAACGCCCUGGAUCGAGUCCGGAACUGUCAAGGAAAACAUCCUGUUCGGGCUUCCCUUCGUCCGGGACCGCUAUCGCGAUGUGCUUGCAGCCUGUUCGCUGGAAAAAGACAUCGAGCUGCUGGUCGACGGCGACGAGACCGAAGUCGGGCCGAAGGGCGUCACUCUGUCCGGCGGGCAACGAUGGCGCGUCGCACUCGCGCGGGCUCUCUACUCCCGUGCCGGCAUUCUCGUUCUGGAUGACGUUCUCAGCGCGGUGGACGCCCAUGUUGGGAGGCUGAUUGUCGACAGAGCGCUCACCGGAGAGCUUGCUCGAGGCAGGACCCGCAUUCUGGCAACACACCAUGCCGAGCUCGUUCUGCCGCACGCGAGCUAUCUGGUCCGCCUCUGCAACGGGCAGGUUGAGUCAGCCGAGCUCCUUUCUCCACAGGAUGCGGCCGCUGCAGCCGGGGCGGGAUCGGAGCAAGGGGCAGCAGUGCCCGUGCUGCCCGCGGAAGGGACGUCAACGGAUCCCCAGAACGGUCAUUCGACUCCAGCCGCGCAGAAGAGGGCCAAGAAAGAGGAAGAGCAGAGGGAGACCGGUCGAGUCAAGUGGUCGGUUUACAAAGCUUAUUACAAGGCGAGCGGCGGGGCGAUCCCAUGGCUAAUCGGGGUGUGCAUCCUGCUCCUCGGACACUCGUUGGUAGUUGCUCGGACAUGGAGCUUGAAGGAACUCUCACAACAAGCGGCUUCCGAGGCUAUGCAUCUUACAUCCAAGGCAGCGGACAUGGUCACUGCUCUGGUGUAUACUGACGAAUUCGUCUCCCAGCGGGUUCUUGGCACCCAGCGCAGCAUCUUCUUCUGGCUGGCCGCCUUCAUCGUCAUCGAAUUCCUCGUCCUCCUCGUCCAGGUGGUUAGGGUGAUAACCUUUUUCUUCGUCGGUUUGACGGCUUCGAGAGUGUUGUUCCAGCGCAUGACGCAUGCCAUCCUCAGAGCUCCCUUGCGCUGGAUAGAUACCGUGCCGGCCGGUCAGAUUCUUAACCGCUUCACAUCCGACACCUUCGCCGUCGAUAGGCGCCUGUCGAACCAGAUCUUCACGCUUCUCCGCACCAUCUUGUUCCUGGCCGUCAUCAUUGCCACCAGCUUGUCCGUCUCGGUCUAUGUCAUCUUCUUUGGCGUAUUCCUCUUCCUGCUCUACGUGAGGGUUGCGCGCGAGUACAUCACCGCUGCCCGCGAGGUCAAGAGGAUCAAUUCUGUGUCGCACAGUCCAAUCUAUGACUCCUUCAGCUCCGUCCUGUCCGGCCUCUCCACCAUCCGCGCGUUCGGCCGCACGCAGUCCUACAUGGAUCGCAUGUACGGUCUGAUCGACAACAGCUCCAAAGCGUCUUGGAUGUUGCAGCUGUCCAGCCGCUGGAUGGCCUUCCGCAUGGGCUUGCUCGGCGCCUUGUUUGUCAGCGUUGUGGCCUGCGCAGUCGCGCUCAGCCGUGUCGACGCGGCGCUGGCAGGAUUCAGCCUGGCCUUUGCGCUGCGGUACACCAACGCCCUGACGUCUCUUCUCCAGGCCGUGACUUCGGUGGAGCUGGGGUUCAAUGCUUGCGAGAGGGUCCUGGAAUAUACUGAACUCGAAACAGAGCCCGAGGACGGAAAGGAUCCCCCGGCUGCUUGGCCGACGGAAGGCAAGAUCGAAGUCGAAAACCUGACGGUCAGCUACGCCAAAGACCUGCCGCCGGUCUUGAAGAAUCUCAACUUCGCGGUUGGUGCUGGUGAGCGCAUCGGCAUCGUGGGCCGGACAGGCGCCGGGAAGUCGACGCUGGCUGCUGUAUUCUUCCGACUACUCGACCCUCUCGAGGGCUCCGUCCGCGUGGACGGUGUGGACAUCUCGACGCUGAAGUUAGCUCAGUUGCGGAGCCGUCUUGCUAUUAUUCCACAAGACCCCUUCCUCUUCUCGGGCACACUGCGUUCGAAUCUCGAUAUGGAGGGCGUGCUAGAGGAUCAUGAACUCCUUCAAUCGCUGAAGCGGGUUCAGUUAAUUGAAACAGUCGAGGAUAGCGAACUGGCGGCUGGAUACCCGGCCGCAGACGUUACUGUUGUCACAACGGCCUCCUCGUCGGCGGUCCUGCCCUCGCCAGGUUCGGAGACGGCCACGGAAGCGACGGUGGCCGUAGAACCCGAACCUACCAUCAUCGAACCCCGGCCCGAGCCUGAACCACAGCGCUCGCAAGAGAAUUCCAGCAACAUCUUUGCCAACCUUUCCAUGCCCAUCAGCACAGGUGGUGCCAACCUUUCGCAGGGCCAGCGCCAGCUCGUCUGCCUUGCCAGGGCCCUGCUGAAGCGGCCCAAAAUUGUGGUGCUCGACGAGGCGACCAGCGCUGUCGACCGCGGCACCGACAGCAACAUCCAGGAGUCGCUUCGUAAGGAAUUUGCGGCCGCCGGGUGUACCGUGCUGGUUAUUGCACAUCGGCUGUCUACUGUCGCUGACUUCGACCGGCUGUUGGUGCUCGAGAAGGGGCGCGUGGCUGAGAUGGGCAGCCCGCGGGAGUUGCUGUUGGCGGGGAUAAGGAAUGCCGCCAACCAUGAGGCACAGGGCGCAGUCAAUGACGGCGCUGGUGAUGUGGAGCGCGAAGAGGGCGAGGAAAGUACCCUGCGAAGUGCGGAAGGCGACGAGCCGGACGGGACCGGGGCUUUCUGGGAGCUGGUGCAGAAGAGUGCUGAGAAGGACAAGCUCAUUGAGAUGAUCUUGGGCGAUGAAAAGGAUCAGUUGGUGGCUGGGACUGUUCCCAGCGGAGAUCAGUCAUAACGUUACCUGACGCAGGAUGCGGCUUGAGGGGUUAGCGCUAGCCCUGCUUGGUUGGCAUUCGGUAUAGACACUGCAGUGAUCAGAGUAUUGUGUUCUUGUUAACAGUUUGAGGUGUAGGAAUAGCACCGUCUCGGCGCCUGGCGGCUGAGAAGAAGGUUGCAGUAGCUGUGAAUCAAU